CGCACACUAAUGACGAAAGUCAUGCAUUCUAAAAUCUCUUAGAAGGCAUUCUUUCGCGGAAAACAUCAAAAAAGACCUCUGUUUUGCUCAAAAUGGCUCUCUUGGAUAGGAAUCUAAAGGGAAAAGACGUGGAUCAGCUUCCAUUGAUCGAAAAAUCCGAGAAAGUUGUUGUAGAUCUUGAUGAAGAAGACGAAGAAAGCGAAGAAGUUUUCGUUCAUCAUGGAAUCACACUGUGGGUCUCUGAUGCUGUGAUCAUGGUAAUUCAACACAUACAGAUCUUUGCGCUUAUCCUAACCAUGGGCGAACGCUGGGGUUUGCCAAGAGACUUUGUGAGAUAUGCGUCGUUCACUUUCCUUUUUAAUCUAGACGUUUGGGAGUUUGUAAAAGUGAUGAUCUCUGGAGCUUACAUGGGGCCCGUAAAUCUUGACACGUUCAUCGCUUCGGAUGACAUCGGCAUUGAUUACAGCUUAUAUCUGAUUUUGUGGACAGUUUGCAUCGCUGUUAUCGGCUGUGGAUUUUUGAUAACGUAUGCGGUUUUCCUCUACAGAAAACCGUUGUACUUGCUACUUCACGUGGCGAGAAUGAAGCGGAUUUUUAGUAUUUUUAUCCAGCUAGUCUGUCUUCCAGUUGGCACGGCCUAUGCAAGGGUCUUCCACUGCCGAAGUGACGCUGUAUGGAACGUGCAAAAUAAUUUGAAGUGCUUUAGCAACCUUGAACACUGGAUUUUUGUUGGAAUUGCUCUUGUUGUUGGAAUUCUCCUGUUUUUGGCGUAUCCCAUUAAUAUGAUCAGAAAGAUUCGAGGCCAGGUGAUUUGUUACAGUCAAGAAAAACAUGAGGGCUAUUUGCAGCUCAAAGAAGCUGAAUACAAUCAAGGUCUUGACAUUCUAUGGGCAGUGGGGCAGUUCCAUCUGUUUUCAUCGUACCGCCGACUGUGGAUUUAUUACCGCCCAAUCAUGAUGGUACUGCAUUUCUGCCUGGUGUCUUACUUUGCGACCCUUCUUCACUUUAGUGAGAACAAUCCAGUGCGACUCAGCCUGACGCAGAAACUCCUCAUCAAUGUACCAAUCUUAUCAUUCUUUUUCCUGGUCUUGUUCAUGUUAUUUUCAUCAGGCCUGGCUCGUCCACCUAUUAAGGCUUUCAAGUCGUUCUCAAGGUGGUGUUGCUGGAAGGGUAUCUCACGCUUGCUACACAUUGUCUUCAAUAUCACUCCGACGUGGGUAAUUGCAAAAGUCUUCCUGGUUUUACUGGUCAUUGGUGUGUGUUUCAUUGAUCAUUUGGGUGGUGGAAUUGGAGCAUUACUCUCUCUUCUUUGUUUAAUAAUGGUCAAAAGUCCCCCAUUCCGGGUCACAAGCUUCAAUUUUAUGAUUUUGUUUUGCUUGAUGGUUAAUAUUGGCAAUGCUUAUUUGGUCACAUUAGUUGAGAUGUUUAACACAAACGUGUUGCAGAAUGCUAUAUAUGCUCCACCAAUUCCAGAAAUCAUUCUAACCUGGGUCAAUGUAUCUUGGGCCAUUGGUGUAUUCCUUUGGUUUCUCUAUCUCAUGGGGCGGCACUCGGGUUUCCUGUUCCCAAAGCGACCACUUUGGCCAACUCUAACUACUGAUGGAAAAAGCAAUAUCAGUGAAGAAACCAGGAAAUACAUGCGAGCUGUCCUAAAAGGUCGUCACACCUUGGAGAAAGCGCUGUCAAGUCCUCCAAUCUUUGCUCCAGUUCAUGAACUGGAAAGGCAAAUACAUAUCAUUAAUGCUUACUGCCGAGAAGCAGAAUACCUUGAUGAUCCAACAUUUGACUCUCUAUGGGAUCUUCUUGACGAACUCAUCGAAGCCCACAGAACUUUGGCACCACAUUCACUGUUCACGCUAUCUGUGAAGAAGUCAGUCCGACAAACAGCCAAGGAGUUCAUGACACUUAUGCCCCAGAUGAGAAAGAGGCUUGAUCAACGUGAAUGUGACUUCAUCCUGGUAGACCCAAUGAAGAAGCGCAUGCUUUUAAAAAUGUAUGUCUUAGGAACAUUUGUGAAUGGACGCAUGGACAAGGUGAAGAAGGAUGUAGAAAAGAAAGUUUAUACGGCACUCAAGGAGGCUGAAGAGAAUCUCAAAACUCCCUCAAGCCUUUAUGGCAGCUCAACAAGGUUUGAUUGGGACAGUAUGGUUGACAUGGCCGGGCCUCACCCUUCAUUUGAUAUGAUGAAAACCACAUCAAGUUCAGGGAGUCGACCGGGGACAGGGGUGUCAAUAGGAUCACGGCCCGACAGUGUAGAGAAACUUCUAGAUGAAGUGGAGGACUGGGAAGAGGGACAGCGGACUACCCGAAGGAAAAAGAUAUCUGUUAUUUCGAUGCCGCUGAUACAGGAAGGGCCAUCGCCUGAAGGUAAAGAAUACUGCCUCUCGUACGGUCAGCUCAAUAUUUGUUACUUUUAGGUUCAAGCUAUUAAAAAUAUCAACUGUGCUAUAGACCUUUUUAGCUUUAGCUUGUAGGUUUUAUUUUCCCAAUUCAGACCACGUGUCAUCCUCAAUUUCUAAAUAGAAAUCACCUCUGGAGCUAAUCAUUUGCUAGCAGACAAAAAGUAACUGUUUUCUGAUUUUUGUUAAUUUUCUUUUUUUUUAGCUUCAGAUGGUUCAUCUACCUCCCUCCCUGGCCAGGUGAAUUUUGAAGAUAAUGGCAGACGGCCUAAAAGUGCAGGAGGCUCGAGCUUACGUCAUCAGAGAGCUGCAGAUGGAUAUGACAGCUCAACAGCAUUAAUUGGGGACAGUUCUGCAACUGAACAACACAGCACUUCAGGGUCACAAUCUUCUGUAAGAAGUACUGAUGAUCGCAAGCCUUUGUUAUAGUAAAGUGUAAAUAAGUCAAAAAAUUUAGGAAACCCUCUAAGGCAGGUUUCAAUGGUUGCAAUUCUAAUACAUGUUGUUAUUAAACGAGAAGUGUGAAGUCAGGGGCGGAUCUAGGGGGAGGGUGAGAUGACCUGCCGUUGUCUAAUAAAACUGGUAUUAGUUUAUUGGUGUUGAAUUAGAGCAAGAGACGAGUGCACCCCCUCCUAUAAAAAAUCCUGGAGUUUGUUUACUGUAUGUCUGUUGAGGUUUACAGAAAUACACUUAAACAACAUAUGGACUAAAAUUGAAUUUUGUUUAGAGUCUGUAUCAAACUAAAGAUGUUGUCAUCAAAAUCAUUAAUUUGCAAUGAUUGCUUUUGUUCCUUUACACAUCGGCUGUUCCUUUCAAAGAUUGUACUCAUGGCAACAGAUUUUCACCUUAUUUAUGGUUACUUUAGAAUUGCAAACCUUGGACCAGGCAUUUAAUGUCAAUAUGUAACUUAACUUAAUUAUUAAUUAAUUUUUUCAGCAUGGAGAAAGAAAGCAGACUUCGAAUGUUAGUGUCAGCUGUUACACAGCAAAGAUAGAAACUGUAGUGCUUGUUUAACCUUUUCCAUGGCACUCAUGUGUACGUACUUGUAAAUCUGCUUUGUAGAUAUGUAUUUUUGUACUCAGACACUUUUAGCGAUUACAGAAUAUUUAUAAAAUUAUGUAGCUUUUCAUUAUUUAUGGUGGAGUUAAUGAGAAAAUUCCCCACAACAUUCAGGACUCUGUUACAUGGUGCAAUAAUGGUCCUUAUGCGUGAUUACAUCAGACGAGCAAAUUUCACCACCAAGCCCCGUUUGCAUUUGCACCCCCUUGUGCGUGGGUAUUCUUUUCAACUGUACUGCCUUGGGAAUUCAUUUAUGUAAAAUUUCACAUCUUUAUAAUUAUUUUGAAAACAAGACUUGGUGGUGAAAUUUACUUGUCUGACAUAAACAUGUGUAAGGGCUAUUACCAAAACCUGUUUAAAUCUUUUUUAUAUGUUAUUAAGUCUAACCUCUCCUUACGGACACCUCUCUAUUAUGGACAGUUCCUUUGGUCCCAGAAAUGCCAAAAAUCAUACAUUCCCUACCUCUAUAAUACGGUCACCUCUGUAAAGCAGACACUUAGUUCUGUUGCUUUGGUGUCCACAUCAAAGAGGUUUGACUGUAUAAAGCACAAACAUUUGAACUUAAAAUGUUACAGAGCGUCAUCUCAGCAGGUGUAAAAAUAUAGUAGAGGACAGUUUCAUUCUUAGGGGGUGUUUACAUGAGAAAACUUGCACCGGCACGAGUUUCAGAUUGGCAUGACUUUUUGAUUUUGUAUCGCGUUUACAUGAUGACUGGGUGAGUUCAUAUCUCGUUAUUUGAAGGUACACUUCAUGUUGAUAAAAUACACGUGUGAUUCAAAAUCGCAAACAUUACGCAGGCGCUACCUGUUCCGGUCUACCGGCAGACCGAUUUCACACCGAGACAAGUGGUCUUUUUGUGUACAUGAUACCAUUGCUAGAUUUCAUACCGUAGUGAAAUUCUCGCCCCGGUACAACAACCGGGGUGAACUCACGCCAGGGUGACUUGUGCUGGCAUGACAUUUUGUGGUGGUAUCAUGUAAACAAAACAGAGCCAUGAGAGGGAACUGGAGUGAACUCGCACCGGUGCAAAAGUCGCCCCGGUGUCAUGUAAACACCCCCUUACAAGUCACAUAGUUUGAAGAUUAAGGCAGGUACAGCCAUUUUCCUUCCUCCUCAAGAGGAGAAGAGAUCUUUUCACAGAUUUUUUCAAAUUUUGACAUGGACAAGUUUGGGAAAAUCUGUCGACACCCCUGAAAAUAGCACCUUAAGAGUAAAAUUGCCUACUGUGAAAGUGAUUUGUUGAAAACUAAAGAAGGUUUAGCUCCUCAAAGUCACGAAAUUUUACAGAUGUUUGCAUGGGGGGGAGGGGGGCACAAACUUGCCCCCAACCAUACAAAUGUCUGUAAAUUUUCACAACUUUGCAGAGCUAUAUCUUCGCUCACUCCAAUACACAUCACUUUUAAAUUUGGCAAUUUUCCUAAUGUUAAAACCCUUUAAGCCCAAUAUCCACAUACAAAUUCUCCAAACUGAUCUCUAUACAUCUCCUUUAAGAAUUAGUUAAGAGAAUUUGAUAAAAGGUCAAAGUAUUUUCCCUUAGCUGAUCAUUUUAUUAAUUCUCAUAACCUCAUCUCAUGACAAUGUAUGGAUAUCGUUAGGAGAGAAACGCUGUUAGUCACUAUUGGGACUUAAAGGGUUAAGGCACUCGCUCCAGUGGUGUCGACGGUUUUUUCCUAACUUGUCCGUGUCAAAAGUUGAAAAAACUGUGAAAAGGUCUAUUGUGUGACGAGACAAAAUUGGCUCCUUUAAUUAAGAACAAUGCUUUUAAUGUGUUUCUCAUGUUGUAAAAAGAUCACAUUUUUCCUGGAUCCACAUCUGCAAAAAUGCUAAAUUUUUUAGUUGAUGUAAAAAUUUUAUUGGUAUUGUAGGGAUGAGUGGUCAUUAGCUA